AUGACGUUGAACAGCUGGAACGCGGAACGGAACAGAACCCUGGCGUACAAAAAUAAUUUUGCUUUUCAUACCAUAAUAUCAUUCCUGUUGGUUCCUCAAUUUGUUUACAGACAAGGAACGAGGAAUGAGGCAGUCGGAAAAAUGUACGAGUUACUCUUUUUUGACACUUUCUCGCAUGAAGUGAGCGAUAAAGUUCAGCUGGACCUGGUCCAGUUCCCAAGGCCAGUGCAAGUGACAGAGGUGAGAGCUAUUCCUCUUGGUGCUCGAGUUCAGGCAGAUUUCCCUGGAGGAGUUCGUCUUGGUGCUACAAACCCAAGCCAAUUUGAAAUAGAGUUUUUUGUGAAUGACCUGAGCAAAAGAGGUGCAGGAACUUUUGAGAGUGUUGGAACACUACAGUAUAAUCAACAUGGAAACAUACAGAUGGACUUCGAGAAGAAGGUACCGACAGAUGGACUUCUGCUUCGAGGGAGCUACAAUACCAUUACACUGGCUGUCUAUGGUCAUUUGACAAAGGUGCAAAGGGAACCAACCCCACCCAAGUCAACCAAGCGAGGAGAAGUAGUGCCACACCCACCCCCAGAGAAGGUCAACACCCAUGACCGUAUUCGGGACUGGUUAGAGGAUACCCAGGAAUGUCGCAAGCAGCAGCCAUUUUCCCAUGAUCCUUCUGAGGAUGCCCAGCCUGAAUGGGAUUCGAAGCCACCAAGAUCACCUGUGGAGUAUGAGGAACCUAAGCAGUGGGAAGAAGAGCACGUAGAACACAACCGUGACUAUGACAGGGAAAGAGAGAGAGAACGAGAGAGGGACCAGAGAACCAGCAGAGGAGAAAACAGAGAGAGAGAAAGAGAGCGAGACAGAGAGCGGGACAGGAGGCGAUCAGCAGAGCGUUCCAGGAGCAGGGAGAGGUCAUGGGAGAGGAGUGAGAGGAGCAGCUCUAGGAGGGAAUCCAGAAGAGAGAGUGGACGGGAAGGUGACAGAGAGAGGGACAGAGAUCGUGAGAGGGAGAGGGAUAGAGAUUAUGAGAGGGAUCGAGACAGAGAGCGAGAUUAUGAGAGAGAAAGAGACCGUGAUCGAGAACGAGAGAAGGAAAGAGAAAGAGAACGAGACAGGGAUCGUGACAGAGAUAGAGACAGAGACAGAGAAAAAGAAAGGGAAAGAGAUCGAGAACGUGACCGUGCAAGGGAUAGGGAUAGAGAAAGGGAAAGGGAUCGUGACCGUGAUAGAGAACGUCGCCAUAGCAGGGAAAGUAGGGAUCGGUUUGAAGAAGAAAGGCUUUCUACACAGGAGCCUCUACCAUCAAGAGGCCGACGCAGCAUUGAAGAAUGGGAUGAAAGAAGAUCAGAGAGGUCUGAUAGAUCUGGCCGCCGUCCCCGCACACCCCUGGACUCUCUGCCUGCCCCUGGGUCACCUUAUCGAGGAGACAACUUCAGUGAGGAAGGCAGCCGAGGUGGGACUCCUCGGGAAUACAGAGAGAGGGAGGCAAGAGAACGAGAGCGAGGUGAAAAUAGAGAAUUUGAAGCGAGGGAACCACACACUGUCUUGCCUCCACUCCCAACACCAGGAGACAUGGAGGCUAUUAGUGAUGAUGAAGACCUACCAGAUCUGCCUCCAGAAACAGGGGAAGUGGAAGAGGAAUACCAAGGGGAAGACUGCAUGGAUGAGAUAGGAAUGGAUGACAAUCAACAGGAUGAAAAUGUAGAAGAUGUGGAAGGAUUUAUGUAUGAGGAAAUCAUGAGUGACGAGGAAGACAUACCUGAGUAUCCAUACACAGAGGAGUGGCUCAUGGAAGAGUGGGAGGACUGGCUGAAACCCUUUUCACAAGACCAAUUUCACCUUAUGGAGAUGAACCAUCUUGUUAGUCCCACCCUCACAGAGUACCAGGUGGAGCACCAGAAGUGGAAGUAUAGAUUUGAGAUGGAAGGGCCAGACUUGGAGGAGGAACCAACACAGGCUUCAAAACUGGAGAGCUUAUUAAUAGAGACAGCUAGUCCCACUUCCCUCAGAAGCAGAAGCCUGCAUGGAGAUUGUGCAGAACCAGAAUUAGAUAUUGUAUCAAAGUUGUGUAAUUGGGUCAACAUUGGACUAGACUUUGACAUUGCCCUGAGUCAACAACAGCCAGUUUAUAAGAUCCGUCAUGUGAAAGCUGGAGUACGCCUAACCCACUUGUUACUACAGUGUUCAUGUGAGGUGACAAAGCAACUCUUAGAAAACAAUAUAAUGGAUAAGCUAUAUGAUCUUUACCACAAGCCACACAUGGCUCUUUCUAUCAAGCUUCUCAUUCUUAAGACAAUAGAUGCAAUUACGAGAACAGAGCUAGGACUCCGUUACUUGUUAGGAGAACCUCUUGAAGCUGACGUAGAAGAGAAGAAGCCACAGAAAAAUGGAUAUGAACUCAUUCUUGAGUUGCUCUCCAACGUGCAACAAACACGUGCAAAGGUGGCCCUCUCAGCAAUAGUGAGAAAAGUUCAUCUACUGGAAGUGUGUCAGAAACUAUAUGAAGACACAAAAGCCCUUCUUCUUCAUUUGCCUCCACUGGAUGACGACAACAGAAUAAAGGAAGAGGGGCCUCCUGAAGAUGAUUCUAUGGAAUUGGAUGAUGCAGAAAACCGUGUUGUUCUUCCUUCUAAUUGGAGCAACAAUAUCCCAGAUUCUCUCAUUCAGGCAAUUAAGUCGUGCUUACAAGAGAUCAUACGUGUGUACAAAUACGCAGAUCAGCUUUUGGCUCAACCUCACAGGUGGCUUCCUGGCUCCAAGCAGUUCCAGUUGCCAAAGAAUCCUCAUGAUCCUUACCCUCAGUUAUACCUUGUGUUUGAUCAUGCAGACCUCCUUAACUCCCUAGCAGUGUUGCUUGGGGCUCUAGCAGCAGUCCAGAAUGGAACACUGAUUUCUGAGAUGAAAAACCUGGUUGAGUGCAUGCUUGCUUGUGGCCAUGGCCUUAACUACAUGGCUUCACAUCCUCGUGCUACAGCUACCAUCGCCAGGAGCCUUAUUCAGUUUGGGGAAGAUGGACGAGAAGAGGGUAAUGAUGACAACUUCCUACACCAGUUGGGGUUGAAAAUCAUACACAUAUUCCAUGCUUUGCAGCAGUUAGAUGCACUGGCCCAGUUAACAUCAUCCCACAACACUGAUUACUCUCAGUCAGUGACACACUUCAACAUGCUAACUUCCCUCCUCCUUUCAUCUGCUGGUCGGCAAGCCAUCAUCAGUGUCUUGAGUUUGGGAAGGAAUCUUGAAAUUUUGUUUCCUUACCUUAAGUUGGGAAUUGGUGAUGAUCAAGACAAUGCCCCAACAAGAAUAGCAUGUUAUGGUUAUACAGUAGAUCUCAUAGUGCUGACUGUCAAGUUUUCUGACAAUGUAGAAAUGCUAGAACGUUAUGGGGAAAAGUUACUUGAGUUGAUUGAAUAUGAAGAGACUCGUGAAGGACCCAAACUGGAAGAACAUGCUAAGCUUUGCGAGAUAAUUCCAUGGUUAUCAAUUACCAGAUCUGCAGAAAACUUUACUUAUGACAAUUUAACUAAUAUAUCAAAUAAUCUCAAAGACCACUUAGAUAAGAUAGACAAGUUUUCUGGUGAAUUAGUGACACAUUUACGUAUCUUAAAGCACCUGACAGUGCCCAAGUACCCAGUGUCGAGUUUGUCAGCAGAGGAUCAUAAUGGUGAGAUGAUUGAAGAACUGAAGUACAAAUAUGCAACUGUGCAACUUUUUUCAGCAGACUGCCACACUCACUUGACAAACCUUCUUACGAAGUUGUGUGCCAUGUAUUCCCAACCUUAUGUUCAUAGUGCUGAUUUUGCCAGCUCUGAAGGUGCAGUACUCUUGGCUGUGAUUGAACCUACAUUAAGCCUGUUAAAGAACAUACUGACAUACGUUAUUCAGGCUAGGAACACCAACUUCAAGGACCUCACAGCAAUUGUUCCCCUUGUGCAAACCUACCUCUUGCUUCAGUCAUUCCCACUUGGUUCACAACACAUCACCCGUGCCCAGGACCUCCAGCAGGAGGUGAUCAGUAUACUUCUAGUAUACACACAGCCUGUUUAUUCCAAGGCUGAAGGAGAAGAAGUCUUGGCCAAGAGUUUGUGGACAAAAAUGAUGUCAGAGAUUUUCAAGUUCCUUCUGACUGCUCCACACACAUUCAUGGGAGUCAUCAGUCUCAUCAUAGAGUUGCUACCACUGCCAUUACCCAUCCAGACCCGAACAUCUCUCUCAGAGGAAGAGUCUUCACAGAUUAUCAAUCUGCGGAAACUCUGGAGUGCCCAUCUGUACUGUCUUUCCUCCAACAUUCAUGAAAUAAUCAUGAGAUUAGGCCUGGCAAGCUUCCCUCCUCUCAUGCACCUUCUCCGUAGAAUGUGCGUUGCUUUGUCUGAUCUAGCAGCCCCCAUGGCCUUGCUGGUUGGAAGAGCAACCCUGGACCUGGUAAUGCAGGCACACAGAGUAGAUCACCGAGCUUCUGGUGAUGACUUUGGCCCAUGUUCUCUCCAGACAGGUCGUGUUCUUAACAUGUUAGCACUCUUGGUAUCUCAUGCUCCCACAAAAGCUGCAGUUUUACAUUUGCUUCAGGGAGGCUCUCCUACACUGUCUGCCACUCCAACAAAGGGUGAUGACAAGUACAUGGGCCUUGUAGCUCUUUGGUGUCGUAUUCUUAAUGUAGCAGCUAGUGGUUCACAUGCCCAUAUACAGGCUCAGGACUGCCUUCUCACGAUCAUUCAGUACUUGUGUGAUCAUGAAAAUGCAAUGCAUGUUGCCCAAGAAUGUACCAUGCAGGAAGGGGAGACACAAGAGCCCAAUACAACCUCAUUGACUCUGAGUGGUCUGCCAAGCAAGGAUACCUUGAUACCAAUAAUUGAUGCUCUGAUUGAUCAUCUCAGAAACCCACAUAGUUCCCAUCAAUCAAUUCAGCAGGUCCUGAGAGCCCUCAUGAGACUCAUGGAGCAUGAUUAUGGCUUUUAUCAUGUUAAAAGUGUAAUGGAGAAGAAAAGAGCCUGUCUUUUAAGUCUCUUCAAGAGACUGAGCUCAUCAUUUAGAAAAGAGUCACAGGAACAUGUGACGACACUUCAGGGAGCACUGGAAUUUUGCCACCUGUUAAUAGCAUGCGAUGAUUCCAUCUCAGUGCCACGGACAUUAACUGUGACUCCCCUGGAAGUAGCAAGUUACCUAGGCUGGAAGGCUGGAGGUUUAGAGAUGCAGUAUUAGGAAACAGUUAAAAAAGAAGAAAAGGAGAAGGAAAAGGAGAAAGAAAAGGAAAAAGAGAAGACAGUCAAAGAGGCAUCUGCAGAAGAACCAGGAAGCAGCCAAAAGGAGGAUGAGUCUAUGGAGAAAGAAAUGGAAGUAGAAGUGAAACAAGAGGAAGCUGAACCAACUGAAGAAAAGGAGGAAGAGCCAAAAAAAGAGGAAUUUAAAAAGGAAGAGAUCAAGAAAGAAGAAAAAAUAAAGAAAGAAGAACACAGGAAAGAGGAAGACACAUUGGAGUUGAUUCAUCCUUUAAAGCUGUUAGAAAAGCAAGUUGUGGCUGAAGGAUGUGAGGAGGAAGCCAUGGAAUCGCUUUAUGAAGAGAUUUCGCAACUGAUAGCAGAUUUAGACCAAGCUCACACCUUUGAAGUUAAAGAACUUGCUGAACCAGCUGGGCCUGAGACAGAGACACUGCAGACUCUAUUUACGUCAAGGAUUGUGUGGACAAUCCCUGUGGCUGAGGAUGAAAUUCCUUCAUUCUGGCUCAUGCCUCCAGGUUACGAGGAUGCUGAGGACUCGGAAAUGAUCCCAACCAACCUGCUCGAAACCUGCAGGCAAUAUGCAGGAGAGUAUGAUCUUUUAGGAGCCCUCCACAAGCUGGUUAAAGGACAGGGAUCCCAGACACUGACUCCACAAAAGUUAUGCAAAGCCCCUCCAAGGUACAAGCCAAGUGCAGCUGCCAUACGUCCGGACAAGAGAGGCAGACCAUUCGUUGCACCCAUGAGAGGACGUUCCUUCACUCGAGGGAUAAACAUGAGAAGUGACCCCUUCCGCUCACGUCCACCCAACACCUCCCGUCCCCCAUCUCUCCAUGUGGACGACUUUGUUGCACUGGAAAGCACUGGACACCAGCCCACAGGACCCACUGGAUAUAAUAAAAUAUCCUUUGGUCGGGGCAAGGUACAUUUCCUCUUGGACUCAAUGCGAGGCCGUGGCAGCCGUGGUCGUGGUGAGAGCAGAGGUGCCAGAUUCUUCCACCGUCCACCAUUUAGGCCUGAUUGCGGUAGGGGUGUUGUACGCGGGAUGAAUCCAAGAGGCCGUGGAAUGUCCUGGGUCUUCCGUGGUGACAGUUCUCCUAGGGGUUAUCGUGGGGUCUCCAUGAAUCCGGGACCAAUGCGGUUUAUAAGGGGCCGUGGACUGUAUAUAAGGGGUAAUGGGGUGAGCAGUGGUCCAAAGGAGAGGUUCCCACCAAAGUUUGUAGAACGUGGAGGAAGAAGGGACAUGAAUGGAGGAAGACACAUCAGGGGUAGCUUUAGGUGAGAGUACUGUAGCUUUAUCUCAUCAUUUUCUCUUUUAUUCUGUAAAUAGUUCAUAGAUGAGGAUGUGUUUAUCUUGAGUAGGAACAUAGAGAAUCAUAUGUAUUGGCUAAAAUAAGUAUCUGUAUUCAAUAAUUGAGUUGUAUAGAGAAAAGUGAAGAGGGAGUUACAGGAUAUAUUAUUUUUGAAAGAAAAAAUAGAUAAUUAAAUUAAAAUUUUCUCAGGUUGAGUGUUUAAUACUCAUACCCUUGCUUAGAAUUUAACUGAGCACUGAAGUCUUCGCAUUUACAGUAUAUGAAUUUGACAGUUCUCUAACUGUCUUUGCUAUAUAAAUUAGUUUUUUUUCCAUAGUGUGUCUCAUGUAAAUUUCAUUUAUUUAUGUGUAUGGUGAUGUAUAUAAAAGUGUGUUUGUAUAUGUACACACACAAUACAUGUGUGUUUAUAUAUAUGCGUGUAUGUAUGUGUGAUUGCAUACACAUGUGGCAAAUACAAAAUAAGUGUCCAGUUUUUUAAAUAAAAUUUCCCAUUGUAGUUUCUUAUUGUAAUAUCUUCUGUUUUUUCUACAGUCACUCAAAAAAAUAUUAUUAUACAAAUAAAAUUGAUUAUUUCCAAA